AUGAAUUGGUCAGAAAAAGUGAAUAUUAUUCCAGAAUGGAGGCGACCGAAGCAGGCGGGACCUCUCGAGGAAGACGCGACGUCGAGCACAGCCGCAGAGUCAAGACGGGAACGGGAUCAGCUCAAUCCGGAAGGCCUGCCACCAACGUCGUCGAGCACCCGCGCUCAGCAGAGAGCGGGCAGCAAGAAGUCGUUCCAGGAGGCCGCUAUGCGUCGUCGAGGAGGCCACGGAGGUCGGAGACCGUUAAAAUAGCCUCGUCUUGCUCUCCCCCACGUAUAUGUAUAAUGAACCUCGUUGAUUAUUGUACUGUCCGCCAUUAUGCCAUUACCCAGGUUUCAAAACCGUCGAUUAUCGUCAGGCCCCGCCGUGUCGCAUCACACUAAUCAUAGUUUUAGGAAUCGACCAAAUGGAAGAGAAACAAGACGGAAGCAACAAGAAGGGGCCAAGCACCCCACCGCCGGAGCCGCAGCAACGCACCGUUCCCUCUCCACUCAAGGACCUGUGGCCCGUCAGCGUCGCACCCACGGAGACGAAUCGCGUCGGAUCGCCACCCGAAAGCCACGGAGACUCAGCCACAGAGGAUCUGGUCAUCGACACAGUCGUCCACGGAUCGUCGCGAAGCACGAGCCGCAAGGAAGAGGAAGACGGCAGCGGCAAAGAGGGACAGGACGGACGUCCGACAGGAACUAAGCGAGCCUCGGAAACACCGAAAGCGGUCCACACGCUGCUGCACCGCGACCAAGGACUGUGGCCUCCGGUGCAGACGACGCAUCAACGCGUCAUCGACAACGUCGAACUGGUGAACUUCGUCCGAUCGGACAUCCGCCGGCUGGACAGAGAACUGAAGUCGGAGAUGUUCAACUGCAAAUUGGAGCUACGCACGCUCACGGACAAGACUACGACCACGUCCGCCAAGCUUGACAGAACGAUGGCGCACGUGGACGCCGCGCCACGCAUGGUACAAGACGGCGUGGAAUACAUGAAGACCGCGCUCAACGUGGCGACCAGAUCGGCUCAAGACUGCUCCACGUUCGUCAGGGAGAUCUCGGCGAACAUUGAAUGGUGCAAGAGGUCGUUGGAGCUUCUGCAGGCGACCACGAACGAGCAGAUUCGCGAAAUCACCGUCAAGUAGAUCCAAGCGGCCCAAGAAAUCGAGCAGACGUCCAAGAUCAGCAUCGUAGCCACGCUCGGACGGGUGGAGGGAGCGAUGAUGAACUUCUAUCAGCGCCCGACACCAGGCCAUGACAUCAACCAAGGCGAGUCCAGGACCAUCAAGAAGAAAGCCCACUGCGUUCUGUGCAACCGAGACAACCACGAGGCGUUUGAGUGCCGCACGUACACCACUCACUCAGACCGCCGCCAGAAGGCAGUGGAAAAUCUCCGAUGCACAAAGUGUCUCGGCCCGGCCUCCCACGAGACGUGCCCCGAAGCGAAGACGCAGUGCGACGAAUGCCGGCAUUUGCGACAAGACCCAGAGACGGAGGCCAACCACUCGGCAGUCCUCUGCCCGAUUCGCUUCUCGAAGGAGAACGCCGCGGCGAAGAAAGCCGCGUCGCGAGACCGAGCGAUGAAGAGAAAGCACCAGGGGUCAAAGGAUAUCAACGCCUUUGGAGUGCCCAAGAAGCAAGCGUCCGCCACGCCGACGACGUCCGACUACCCGUUCCGAGGCCCAGGCACCAUCUAG